CACUUAGUCCAACAACAAAUUAAGAAACCCACAUAUACAAAAUCUUCUAUAUAUAGCCUUCCCCGCUCCCCCCUUUCCUUUUACAUUUAUAUCACUUAUCAUGAACAUUAAAUCUGCUUGAACUUCCUCCUUCGUUCUCGGGCGUUUUUAAUUUUUUGGGUCUUGGUUCUUGAACUCUUGAUGGAUUGCUUGGUGUUGCCGGUUACGAAACUGCGACGGUGGUCCUCGGGAUCGUCGCGGCGGGGCUACCGGCGUCUCCUCGGCGACGGGGUGGAGGAGUGGGAGAGUAGUCCGGUGACGGUGGUGGUGGGGAAGGAGAAGAGGGAGUUUCAGGUGGAAGCUUUUGUGCUGGAAGAGAGCCCGUUUCGGGUCUUGAUGGAGACGACGUCGGUGCUGGGCAAGGAGAGGUUGAGGGUGACCAUCGACGGCGAGAAGCCGCCGGUGAUAUUCGUGGACGUCGACGCCAUUCUUUUCGAGCACAUGCUGUGGUUGAUGCGGAAUGACUGUUCGUCUCUGUUUCAGCUUAACCUCAAGGAGAUCAUUGAGUUCUACGCUGAUCAAGAUUACUAAUUAAUUAUAUGUAACUUCUCUGUUCUGCUCUGAUCUGAUCUGAUAUGAUAUUCUGAUAUUCUGAUCAUAUCUGUGCUCAUGCUAAUUAACUUGAGUUCUUAUAUGUAGAUGAAUUAAAUACUGUUCUUUUGUAGUUGAAGGAACAACAUAAUUCGUUAUACAAACAAUGCUGUAAUAAUGUUUAUGAGUAUAUAUAUUACAUACGUGCUGUCUCAA